ACAUCUCCAACAGAACAAUUCUUCUCAACACGAAAUCUACUCGACUGUACCGCGCUGUCUCUCAGGAGCCAAUCGUAAUUUUUCACUUACAACAAAGUCAGCCGUGUUUGUAAGAAUUACUCACCGAAAGAUAUAAUGACAGUCGUCAGCACGAAUGACAGCAACGAGAUUUCCUUCUUUAAAAGAAGUGAAUGGAUUAAAGCCUAUGCCAUAUCAAAAGGAGCAAAUUCGUCAAUCUAUAAUUCCUUCCUCAAUAUAGGAAGUCCUUCAACUUGGAAUGUGGACAAAUGCAGUGGUAUCUAUCGUCCGAAUUUCUUCCGACAUCCAAUACUUGAUAUCUGGAACCAUCUUCCAAUUGAACAGGUAAAACUUGUGCUAUACAAAAACCACGCAGAUAUUGUAACGAUGGUGUUUGAUGGCCGUAAUACAACCCUUCAAAGCUGGUUCUCACUCAACAAUCUGAAAAGUUCUCCAUGGACUGACCUGAUACCAGAGAACAACCAUUAUUUCUCAGUGGCUGGAGUUGAAAACCUACGCCGUUUCUAUGUAGCACAGGCUCGUGGUGGCUGUUUGACACACCGUGGUUGGUUGGCAAUGAUGGACGGUUUCCAUGGAUGUGGUUGGGAGCAAUCAGACCAUUAUCCUACAAUCCUCUACUCUGAAACGAAAUUGAGUACGAUGUGGCACGACGCUGCUGCUACUACUAAAGUUCCUUUGUUUUUCUCAGAAUUAAUGAUAACUAUGGUGAAUUAUAUUCCAACCACUAUAACACACUUUUUUUCAUAUUUCCGUCAGUAUGCUUCGCAUUAUGUUGUCCAAAAAUUGUACUCCCACUUUUAA